AUGUCAUUUUGCAUAGUUGAUAAAAUAUAUGAAUUUUAUAAGAAACUAAAUCAAGGAAAAAAUUUACUCACAAUUUUCUUUCCAUCAGAAAAUAUAAAAAAUAUGAACGAUGCUAUUUUAGAUAAAUAUAAAUUAACUUCCGAAAAUGAAUUGUAUAUAGCAAAAUUGGAGUUCAACCCAAUGUUUGUUGGUAAAAUUUCUGUAAAAAAGGGUUGGAAGUUAGAAGAAUGUGGAAAAUUUAUCAAACAAAAGAAGAAUUUUUCUCGAUGAUUUCUCCAAGCCAGUUAUUCUUUGAGAAAUUUCCAAAAGAUUCAAGUUUUACGGGUUUUGAAGUUA